UGCAGUUAUAGUGUUGUCUACAGGAGCCUGCUAGAAACAGCCUGCAAUCCUUUCCUGUGAAGGCCCCAUACUGCAAUAGGUGAUGGAAUCCAAAGUCUCUGAAGGCGGCCUGAAUGUAACCCUCACCAUUCGGUUAUUGAUGCACGGGAAGGAAGUUGGAAGCAUCAUUGGAAAGAAAGGGGAAACAGUGAAAAAGAUGCGUGAAGAGAGUGGAGCAAGAAUUAAUAUCUCAGAAGGAAACUGUCCAGAGAGAAUUGUGACCAUUACUGGCCCCACUGAUGCCAUCUUCAAAGCAUUUGCCAUGAUUGCUUAUAAAUUUGAGGAGGAUAUCAUCAACUCUAUGAGCAACAGCACAGCUACUAGUAAGCCACCCGUAACACUAAGGCUGGUUGUGCCAGCUAGCCAGUGUGGGUCACUGAUCGGCAAAGGAGGCUCCAAGAUUAAGGAAAUCAGGGAGUCAACAGGUGCUCAGGUUCAAGUGGCGGGGGACAUGCUGCCAAACUCCACAGAGAGGGCAGUGACCAUCUCAGGGACCCCCGAUGCAAUUAUCCAAUGUGUCAAACAGAUCUGUGUGGUGAUGCUGGAGUCCCCACCGAAAGGUGCCACCAUUCCCUAUCGCCCAAAGCCCGCCUCCACCCCUGUCAUUUUUGCAGGUGGUCAGGCCUAUACAAUUCAAGGACAAUAUGCUAUUCCACACCCAGAUCACAAGGGACAGGACUGAGGACAUUACAAGGAAAGGACCAUGGAUGCUUUCAUUCCUUAGACUCCUCUAGGAAUCAAGAGCCCUCUAC